CCGGUCAUGUAAUUACCGUCCAAUGUUUGGAGCCAAAUCAGAUCAAUCAGAGGGUAGCAUACAAGUGUGACAUACGUAUUGAAAAUAUCAGAAAAGAAGAACUCAUCAUGACAUUAUGGGCGGAUGUUGCAGAAUCAUCUUGUUCUCUAUCUCCGGAAGCAUUACCUCUGCCAAUUGUUAUUGCUUUUACAAGUUUAAAAGUCAAGCUUUAUUUAGGUUUUCAAGUUGUAAAGACCCUGUCAAGAUACUGCCCCUCCUCUAGACAAGUGAAUGAAGCUGAAAUUCUGCACACGGCCAAAAAGUUGAUAAUUGAUGAGUUGGCUUUUUUAGAUCUUGAUUUGUACAUGGAUGAUACAUUUCUUUGUAAAGCAUCAGUUACUUCAAAUACAGCCAAGGAACCCGCAACUUCACAACCAUUGGCAAGAGAAAUUACAGUAUCUUCUACCGCUAUGUCAUCUUGCACUUCAACACCUGAAACAAGAGGAACAUCAAAUAAACGAAAAAGGGAAUCCAUUAGGAAAACGCUUUUUACCGCCGGAGAACAAAGUGAACUAGAGGAAAUUUCAGAGGUCAGUCCAAAACAGUUUGAUGAAGUUCCUCUCAAGUGUUUGAAAAAAAAAAAAAAAUCUCCAAGUGGUAUAAAAACGGACACUACUCUAAAAAAAGACUAGGUUGUUUUGUAACGAUGAACAGUGUUUGGCCAAGACUUCAACUGCUCCACUCAAAAGUAUUUACCGUCAUUUCUGAAUGCAUAUCAAACACUCUUUAAAAUAUUUAUGGUAUGUAAAUAUCUCUUUUUGCCUAGAAUUUGCCAAUAUUUUUUGCAUGUACAUACAACAGCAUUUGCUAAUUUUUUGUAUCUCAAUAUUGGUCCUCAUUAAAAAGCAGAUGAAGCUGCUAAACUAGAAUAACUUAAUAUUUUUUGCAUGUACAUGGACCAGCAUUUCCUACUUUCUUUGUACCAAAAUGCUGGUUCCAAUAAAACAAUAGAUGGAAGUCCUGCAUUUUAUCCUUUUUUGUAC